AUGGAAUCCCACGAAAACGAACCGGACCCAAGUCUCACACCCAAAAAUCCUCCAUCCCCCUACAAUCUCGACGACAACAGCUCCAAAAUCUGCACCCUUCCCGACGGCCGAAACCUAGGCUACGCAGAAUACGGCUCACCAACCGGCCACGCAAUCCUCUACCAACACGGCCUCCCCGGCUCGCGUCUCGAAGCCUCCUCCUACCACUCCCUUGCCCUCUCCCUCGGCGCCAGGAUCAUCGCAAUCGACAGACCAGGCAUAGGUCUCAGCUCACCCCACACAUCUCGGACCCUGCUCUCCUGGCCCAAAGACGUCGAGCACCUCACCCAGCACCUCGGCUUACCAUCGUACUCCAUCCUGGGCGUGUCGGGCGGCGGACCCUACGCCCUCGCCUGCGCUUUUGCUCUUCCCGCUACACGGCUAAAAUGCGUAUCUGUGAUAUGUGGUCUGGGGCCCCCGGAUAUGAGUAUGUGGCACGCGGAUAUGGUGCAUUGGCUUAGUUUUCCCUUUGGUUGGCGUUUCGCGCCCGAGAUUUUGCUGGAAUGGUUUUUUCGGCUCGAUGUUUUUGGUCGGAUGGAGGUGAGUGAUGGGGAGAAGUUGGAAAAGAUGACCGAGCCUGCUCGACUUGCUUCGAUCGAGAAUCCCAAGAACCGAAGGAUUCUGGGCGAUGAGGCGUUUUUGACGGUGGCGCUCAAGGCGGCUCGCGAGGCGCAGAGGCAAGGGUUUGGGGGUGUGGCGCUGGAUGGGAGGGUUGUGUGUCGGGAUUGGGGGUUCAGGAUUGAAGAGAUUAGAAAGGACUUGCCAGUCAAGCUGUGGUACGGCAGGGAUGAUGUUUUUAUUCCGCCGAACAUUGGGGUUGAGACUGCAGAGAGAUUAAAGGGUGCUGGGGGGAAGGUUGUGUUGAGGUUGGAGGAGGAUACGCAUUAUAGUAUUUCACAGGAUUGGAAGAAGGAGCAGUUGGAGGCUAUUCUGGCGGAGAUGCGGGAGUGA